AUGAGCUCGUUAACACUUCUUGUUUUGCUUUCUUUUUCCACAGUAAUUGAGGCCGGUUACCACGAGAAGCGGCUACUGCACCAUCUGCUGGACAACUACAACGUGCUCGAGCGGCCGGUAGUCAACGAGUCAGACCCGCUGCAGCUCAGCUUUGGCUUGACCCUGAUGCAAAUCAUCGACGUGGACGAGAAAAACCAGCUGCUGAUCACGAACAUUUGGCUCAAGUUGGAGUGGAACGACAUGAACGUCAGAUGGAACUCCUCCGAGUAUGGAGGCGUGCGCGAUCUCAGGAUACCACCACACCGCCUUUGGAAACCGGACGUCCUGAUGUACAAUAGCGCGGACGAAGGCUUUGAUGGUACGUACCCAACCAACGUGGUGGUUCGGAACAAUGGUUCCUGUCUCUACGUGCCGCCGGGAAUUUUCAAGUCCACCUGCAAGAUCGACAUCACCUGGUUUCCGUUCGACGACCAGCGCUGUGAGAUGAAGUUCGGCUCGUGGACUUAUGACGGCUUUCAGCUGGAUCUUCAACUGCAAGACGAAGGUGGUGGCGAUAUCAGCAGCUUUAUAACCAACGGGGAAUGGGAAUUGUUGGGCGUACCCGGGAAGCGGAACGAAAUCUACUACAACUGCUGCCCGGAGCCAUACAUCGACAUCACAUUUGCUAUCCUGAUCCGGCGCAAGACGCUAUACUACUUUUUCAACCUGAUCGUCCCGUGUGUGCUGAUUGCCUCUAUGGCGCUACUCGGCUUCACGCUACCGCCAGAUUCGGGUGAAAAGUUGUCCCUCGGAGUCACGAUUCUGCUAUCACUUACUGUCUUCCUAAACAUGGUCGCUGAAACAAUGCCGGCUACAUCAGACGCAGUGCCUCUUCUAGGAACGUACUUCAAUUGCAUCAUGUUCAUGGUUGCCUCGUCAGUUGUAUCAACGAUCCUUAUUCUCAACUACCAUCACCGAAAUUCCGAUACGCACGAGAUGUCCGAAUGGAUUCGUGUCGUAUUUCUCAUCUGGUUGCCGUUUAUCUUACGAAUGAGCCGCCCCGGUGAGCCGUAUCCGCACCCGUGCCGCCCGACUGUGGACGAGAAAAACAAACAGCUACAGGAAGUGGAAAUGCGCGAACGAUCAUCGAAGUCCCUACUGGCUAACGUGCUGGAUAUUGACGACGACUUCCGGUGCAAUCAUCGAUGCAACACGCUGCCGCACAAUCCUACAUACUACCGGACCGUGUACCGCCAGGGCGAGGAUGGCAGCGUCGGCCCGAUCGGGGCCACCGACACGAUCGGGCGAACGGGCGGUCUCGGCACGAUUAGUGCGGGAGGUGGUCGCUUACAUGAGACCGUGUCUUCGCAUACCUGUCUCAGCUCGUCGGCCGAGUACGAGCUGGCAUUGAUCCUUAAAGAGCUUCGCUACAUCACUGAUCAGCUUCGCAAGGAGGACGAGAGUGGGGAGAUCACGCGGGACUGGAAGUUCGCCGCCAUGGUUGUCGAUCGCCUGUGCCUUAUUAUCUUCACGUUGUUUACCAUCAUUGCCACCCUGGCUGUCCUCUUCUCAGCGCCGCACUUUAUCGUUUCAUAACAACCAUCAGCGGGCGGCAGCAACCACGGCAAAAACCACUGUCAGACGACGAGCAUUUCCGGCAACCACGACACCGACGACAUCAACCGACAAUCGGAGGCACUGCUACCGCUGCUGCUGGCUGCGGCUGGCUGCGGAGCACUGGCCUUGGCUCUCAUGCUCGUCCGCCGGCGCCUCCACGCACUCCGAAGCGCCCUUGCGCACCUGGGCGCGGUCGCAGACUACAAAUCAAGGCGCUACAUCUAUGUUUUCGU